AUGUUCUCGACCAACUUGAUCUUAGCCGGCAUUCUCGCCGCAGGUCUUGCAUCCGCCGAUGUCCCGCUCUUCGCGCAACACGAUGCCACCUACUCGUUGGCAGGACCUGUCGGAGUCUCCAGCACUCGUAACUUGAGAGCCAUGCCUAAACCGACCGCAGUGGAUGGCACGACCUGGUCACCGCACACUUAUCAGUCGGAGCCUCACGUCAAGUCGACACCGACGUACCAGACGGAGCACGACUGCAACAACAUCGGUGGCGAUGGCGGUGCCCCAGUUGAGAACGGUGCCCAGUUGCUGGAUCUCGAUGUGAUCGUGUCCAUAGGCGCGGACAGCGUCCGAGCGUGUUGCAACGCGUGUGCGAACACCAAUCUCUGCAUUGCGUUCAACUUCCAACCAUUACUGGUAACCAAUGUGUGCGUGCUGGCACGCUCGAGAGACGGCAUAGUCGGGGGUCAGCCGGGUAGCCCCGUCACAUCAAAUGGUCUUUUGAACUUGGAUGCUAUUGUGAAUCUGUGA